AUGGCGGCUGUGGGAAUUCGAGAUCCGGUAGCACAAACGGCUACCCUGACGAGCCUGGCAUUAUUCCUGAGCUCAGGAUUGAGUGUGGCCUCGGCGGCGCCCCAGUACGGCCUAAGUUUCGCGGAUAUUGAGGGCCACCCCAUGGAGCCCUGGGAGCAGCCCUGCGGAACCCCCUUGGGUGCGGCACUGAAGCGAUCCCCUCAACGGCACAGUGUUCACCGUGCCUUGAAACGCGUGCGAACGCAACUGCGAGUUGCUCAGAAUCACUUCAGAAAGGACCUGAAAGAUGUUCACGACAUUUAUUCGAAGGUUUAUAAAGUGCUGAAGGGGCAGUACCACAUGACAUGGCUACCGAAGAACCAGCUGGAGUGGUAUCACAGUGAAUUGUGGUGCAAGGAGAAAAGCAAAAAGGCGGAGCACGCGUUGCCGAGACUUCACGAUGCACUCCAGAGGUUCGCUAUCACGUUUCAUUCACUCAGGAAAUUUCGAUUGAAGUCCAAUAUCGAUGCGGAACGAACGAUCAACAGGCGGAAUGAGAUUGUCGGGGGAAUGCAGAACGAAGUAUUAAGGAUGCUCUGCGAAGUAGAAACAGCAAUCUUAAACCUCGGUCUUCAACUCCCCGUUGUGCACAAGGCGAAGAUUGUCACGGAGAGUCCGGAUUGGGCGACCGAGGGAGACCUGACGCUCAUGCUUAUUCAGGACUGGGGUGUCCUUCGACUUUAUCAAGCCUUCUUAAACGACUGGACUCGUGCAUUCCGCAAUGCAACGGCCACGGGACCCGGUACAUGCGAUCCCAACACUGUUAAGCCACUGUCUGCUUACCGUCCGAAGCCGAAAAAUCCGAAGAAAGUUGUGCGAAUGAAGGCGAAACGACCGUCCCAGGAGAGGAAGAAAAAUCCAAACGGUCGAUUUAGGAAGCAGAAGAGUGUGGGACCGAGUGGUGAGGGCCUACAGACUAGGAGACGCGGCAUGAGACGGAGGCUCAUGAGAAAUAGACGACGAAAAAUCGUGCAGUGA